AUGGCGGAUGAAAAAGGUUUCCCAAUGGACAUCUUCGUGAUCACGGACGCCGCCGUUCUGCCCUACAUUUUGGACCCCAACUUCGAGAAGUACCUUCCCGUCAUCCCCAGCGAAGUGAACGAGUUCAAGUUCACGUGGAGAAGCCCGGACCACGAGUACCACUACGAGUUCUUCAAGCUGAAGUCGCUGCACCCGGAGCUGAUGCGGGACCCGGUCCUCUCGAUCGAGCCGCGGGGGCGGGUGCCCCGCAGGAACCGGUCGUUCUCGGUGACGCUGCGCUGCGUAGGCGGCUCGAGCGGGACGGCCUCCUUCGAGAUCGGCAUCAAGAUCGAGAACCAGCGCGGCCUCUACCUGCCAGGCACGCCGCUCAGCCUGCACCUCAGGAAGCAGUGCGCCACCCAAACCGGUCCCGACCCACUCUGCGACAAGCGGUGCGCAAACGGCGGGAGGUGCAACGCCGAGAAGAUCUGCGAAUGUCCCAAAGGUUACAUGGGCAAGUUCUGCGAGUCGGCCCUCUGCUACCCCAACUGCAUGAACGGUGGAACGUGCGUGUCCCCUGGCAUCUGCGCAUGCCCAGACGGAUAUCAAGGCCCACACUGCGAAGGAGGUCUGUGCCUCAACCCCUGCCUGAACAAAGGCAAGUGCAUCCGCAAAGACAGGUGCAAAUGUACGAACGGCUACUACGGGGAGCGAUGCGAAUACAGCAAGUGCAAGAGUGUGCCGUGCCUGAAUGGUGGUCGGUGCAUUGGGAUCAACAAGUGUCGCUGCAAGGAGGGUUACUCCGGCAACCAGUGUGAAGUCAGCGAGUCGCCUCAACUCAUUCAAGGUGAGUUUUGCAAGAAGAAAUGCGUCCAUGGAACGUGCCUCAACCAACGGUGUUCUUGUGAGAAGGGCUGGUUUGGCAGCAGGUGCAAGAGGAGUAAGUGCCAAAACAACCGCCUGAUCCGCUUCCUUCCACUCAUCUUGGCGAGAAACUAG